GUUCUCUGGUUAUUCGGAAUCAAUAUGUUGAAGGCAUUCAAAUUCUGCUUAGUCUUGUUCCUUUCAUGGAAUUCUUACGGAUCCUUGGCCCAGGACUCUUCUGUGUGUCUUUUGCAUGACCCGCAAAACCAGUGCGGGAAAUUCUGCCUAGAGGCGCUGAAGCCGUUGCUCGAUCAUAUCGCUUUUCACCAGAAGGAGUGGAGCACCUGCGAUGCCCAAAAGCAGAAUGAGACCCAGGCGAAGCUGGACAGAAUCGAGGGUCAGCUAUUUAAGCUGGACAACUCUCUCGAAUUGAAGAACCUGCAGACAAAACUGGAGGCGAUUGAAAGGCAACUGUCAGCGAUGCAGGAAUUACUAUCCAAAGUAAACAAGAAACCCAUAAAUACGCAUCCGUAUGUUCGGAUUGGCUCGAGAUUGAUUUACAUUGAAAGCGAAAAUAGUCGAAAUUGGGAGCAAGCAGAAGCGUUCUGCCGUGAGAUAAAUGGUCACCUGAUCACCAUCCAGAACGUCUCCGAGCUGAGCGCUCUGAAUGAAAAGCUGAAGAGAAGCACUUCCUACUGGCUGGGAAUCACUGACGUGGCCAAGGAGAGCGAUUUUGUGUCCGUGGCUUCCGGUCAGCCACCUCCCUUUCUCAAGUGGGAAAACUCCCAACCCAAUAACCUGAACGGAAAAGACAACUGCGUGGAUAUCUACAACGCCGAAAUGUACGACAGCGACUGCAGCGAAGUUCAGCUUUUCAUUUGCGAGGCGACUUUUGAUUAGAAGAAAUUGUGUGGUUAUAAUAAAAAGAUUAUUCAAGCAUAAA